CUUGCCUUCAGUAAACAACUUCUAAACCAUGCACCGAGGAGGAGAUUCGCCUCGCAUAUGUUUGUCCCUGGGCGUGCCUGCAAAGCCGACAUUAUAACACCCACCACACUGCUGCAGUCCUUUUGGCCAUGGCAAAGACAUGGAUCACCGCGUUCUUCCUGUCGCUCUUGACGACGUGUGAUGCUGCCACUGUCACAAGUUGCAAGGCGAGCAGCGCGACGUCGUGGAGCACUGGCAUUGAAUGCAGCAUGCAGCUAGACGUCGUUCAACCGUCCGAGACCAACAACCCGACAGUGUUUCGAUGGACCAUCCGAAGUGUGUAUGGCGACCCCAUCGUGUUGGCCAAGGUUAUGGCGUCCGUGUGUGAUACGGCCAAGUAUCCAUGCAUCUUUGGCUCGCAAGACUUCGUACCUGCGACAACGUCGGCGGCGGAGGCUGAAAACGCCACGUUUGCCCAGGGCACGGCCACUGUCUCCUUCCCCACCUCGUCAACGUACGUCAUCGCAGUCAGCGCAGUCGUGGGGAGCAGCGCGCAGCAGUUUUUAACCACUUUGCCGGUGUAUAUUUCACUUCCAAUGGACGCCACGACGAAGACUACAGAGUUGCCCACAGCAAGCUAUCUGCCACCUUCAAUGACGCCACUCGCUCCACCUAUAGAAGCUACACCGAAAACCAUCUCAACCACCUCGACCGUCCUGAUCAUUGUAGGUGUGGUCCUCGCCGUGGUCGUUGGCACGGUGUUUGCGAUCUUGUUUUACAAGUUGCGCAAAGCCAGGGCCAGUAUGUCGUCGUCACAACAAUCAAGUGCUACCAGCACCAGCCAACAAAUUGAACUCGACACCAUGCCGACAACAGCCGCAGCAGAACCGUUCCGUCGAGUGCAUCUAGCGACCACAUUCAACUCCACGUCGUCCAGCGUUGUUGGAGGCCCAUCGGCGUCCUAUGCAUCAGCAGCAAACCAUCGCGCCGCUGCUGAUCACGUGUCCAUGACCAACUCCACGCCCCCCUGCCCCCACGAUCGACCCACAAGGGAGCGCAGUCACAACGAACACUCAAGUUAUGUUAAAGUGACCGACGAGGGUAUCCCCCCAAGCAGCGUGCACCACCCGACAUAUGGACCAGCCCCAAACCGACGAUAAAUCGUCAAAUAGGUUUUAAGUUUGGUCAAUGGAUGCACCAGGAUAGCAGUAGCUCCGAGGAUUGGAAUUGAUUCUUAGCGUAGAAGUACUGCAGUACAUGUGAGCGCAUAUAUAUACAACCUUCU